CCGCGGGACUCGAAGCCUUCCGCGAUGGCGAUCCUGCGGCUGCACGAGAACGAGACGCUGCCCUCGUUCAUCGAGUACGACCUCAACAUCUCGGGGCUGGAGGAGGAGCCCGUGUUCGCCACCUCGGACUACGCGGUGGAGCUGGCGAUGCCCGUGUGGGAGGUGGUGGUGACGGUGGCGUCGCUGAGCGUGAUCAUCGUGUUCACCAUCGUGGGCAACGUGCUGGUGAUCCUGUCCGUGUUCACGUACCGGCCGCUGCGCAUCGUGCAGAACUUCUUCAUCGUGUCGCUGGCCGUGGCCGACCUGACGGUGGCCGUGUUCGUGCUGCCCUUCAACGUGGCCUACAGCAUCAUCGGCAAGUGGGUGUUCGGCAUCCACCUGUGCCAGAUGUGGCUCACGUGCGACAUCAUGUGCUGCACGGCCUCCAUCCUCAACCUGUGCGCCAUCGCGCUCGACCGCUACUGGGCCAUCACGGACCCCAUCAACUACGCGCAGAAGCGCACCGUCAAGCGCGUGCUGGCCAUGAUCGGCCUCGUGUGGGCCAUCAGCGUGGUCAUCUGCCUGCCGCCGCUGUUCGGCUGGAACGACUGGCCCGACGUGUUCACCUCCGACACGCCCUGCAUCCUCACGCAGGAGCGCGGCUUCGUCAUCUACUCGUCGUCCGGCUCCUUCUACUGCCCGCUGCUCAUCAUGACCCUCGUCUACGUCAAGAUCUUCACGGCCACGCGCCGGCGCCUGCGCGAGCGCGCCAAGGCGUCGCGCCUCAACCAGCUCCCGCCCGCCGGCAAGGCGCGGCCGCCGCGCGAGGAGGACUCGGCGCUCAGCGAGAACGGCCACAACGGCUACAGCGACACCUGCAAGAAGAAGCUGGUGCAGAAGAAGCGGCGCAAGAAGCGGAAGGCGGCGGCGGCGGCGGCGGCGGCGUCGGGGCGGCCGUCCUCGUCGACGCCCGGCCUGGCGCCCCCCGCCGAGACGUCGGACCCGAGCCACGCCAAGGACGACGCGUCGCCGCUCGACGAGAAGGCGGGCGUGGGCGUGGUGGUGCGGCUGGACGCCAAGGACGGCAGCCAGAUCCACCAGUUCAUCGAGGAGCGGCAGAAGAUCUCCCUGUCGAAGGAGCGCCGCGCCGCCCGCACGCUGGGCAUCAUCAUGGGCUCGUUCGUGGUGUGCUGGCUGCCCUUCUUCCUCAUGUACGUGAUCCUGCCCUUCUGCCCGACGUGCCCGGUGCCCAACGACAAGCUCAUCAACUUCAUCGUGUGGCUCGGCUACAUCAACUCGUCCCUCAACCCCGUCAUCUACACCAUCUUCAACCUCGACUUCCGGCGCGCCUUCGCCAAGAUCCUGCGCUGCCCCAACACUUCCACGUUGUAAUGAAAGAUAUUUUUAAAUAUCUCAGUGUGGUUUUACUGACAGAAAAGAUACAUGUACAUUAUUGUUUCAAUAAUGAUCCAGUAAACACACGAACAGCUUUUACUGCAGCCAACCAACCAAAUAAAAAGUGUUGUGUGGCGCUGAG